AUGCUUGACCGCAUAAUCGUUAAUGCUUAUAACCUCUGGGUGGUGGUCUUUUCCGCCAUCGGCACAAUUGCAACAGCAUAUGGCCUUUCAAUCAUCGGUUCAACCGUGGGCCAGCCAAACUUCUACAUAUACUUCGAUCUCGCACCGCAAGGCGCACCGGGGUAUGGACACACAACAAAUAUUAUCGCCGCGCUGAACGGGGUCAAGUCUGCUGGUGCCAUAGUCGGCUGUGCCUACCACGUCUGGAGCUCCGAGAAGUAUGGUCGGAAGUGGACUAUGGUUAUUAGCCGUGUUAUCCUCAUUAUCGGCGGGGCCCUGUGUGCUGGGGCUGUUAAUCUCGCCAUGUUCAUUGUUAGACGUGGUGUUGCGGGAAUGGUAGUUCUUUCAAUGUCCCAGUGUUCUUACAGGCUUUGA